AGGACUCUCGUUGUUGAUAAAGCGAAGAUGCACCUUUUUCACGUCUACGUGUGGCCGUUGAUCGCCGUUUUAGCGGGGAAUUGUGCAAAGGGGUCAGGAAUCAGUGGAACCAAUGGCUACGUAGAGUAUUUCCCAGGUACGCCGGAUUCCCAGGUCAUUAUCACAGCCGCACAUGGGGGCUAUCUCAAACCCAGCAGCAUUCCCGACAGAACGAAAGGGUGUUUGUCAGGGUCAACGUGCAUCUGGACCCAUACCUGUGGUUCGACUAGCUCUCAGUGUACCGCCAAGACGGUGAGAGACACCAAAACAAAGGAACUGGCUACAGAACUCACUAAAGCCUUGGAGACUCAGACGGGAAAGCGCCCACAUUUGAUCGUUAAUCAUCUAAGUAGAGUAAAAUUGGACCCCAAUCGAGAAAUUGGGGAGGCAACAUUCAACGUUGCAGCUGCCUUGACAGCAUUUAACGAAUACCACAAAUUCAUCACUGACGCACGUGCCAACAUCACCGGUGCGGGGCUUCUCUUUGACAUUCACGGGCAAAGCCACCCUGAGAAGUGGAUUGAACUGGGCUACUUGAUGAGCAAAAAACGACUCAAUGAAAACAAUCUCGAACCCACCCUCUCUUCCAUUCGCUCCUUGUACAACAGUCACAGUACAAACAUGAAUUUUGACGCCCUUCUACGUGGUAACAACAGCUUUGGCGGUUUACUGAGUAAUCAUGGGUACCAGGUUGUUCCAUCCCCGGGAAACACGUCACCCGGAUCAGGGAACUACUUCAGUGGGGGCUACACGGUGAAGACGUAUGGUUCGCGUAAUGGUGGCGCCAUUGAUGCCAUACAAAUUGAAUCACCGUAUGCCUUGCGUACAUCUGAACGUGCCACCUACGUGGCAGCUUUGACAGCCGUGGUCCAGAAUUUUCUGGAUUUGUACUAUUAA